AAACAACUAUAAAUAGGGCUUAUAAUGAAUAAGUAAGCAUAACAAAAAUGCCAAGAGAAACAAAUCCGUUGACAGUUAGUCGUGUGAUCGGGGAUAUCAUCGAUUCCUUCACCCCUACCACUGAGCUUCGAGUGUAUAUCGAUGGAGCCAAUAUCUGCAAUGGCUACCGCCUUCGCCAGUCUCAAGUCGCCUCCCGCCCUAGGGUUGAUAUUGGUGGUCAGGAUUUCCGGAUCCUCCACACUCUUGUAAGUAUCUCUUUGUUAAUUUACACACACUCUUUUUUUUUUUUUUUGUGUUAUUUUUUUAGGGUUUAUGACUUUGAAAAUAAUUCAAUUUUGAAGGUACUAGUGGAUGCUGAUUCUCCAAGUCCAGGAAAUCCAUACCUUAGGGAGUACUUGCAUUGGUUGGUGACUGACAUCCCAGGAGGCACUAAUCCAAGCUUCGGAAAUGAGGUGGUGCCAUAUGAGGCCCCUCAGCCUACAAUGGGAAUCCACCGCCUUGUUAUGGUGGUUUUCCGGCAGCCGCGGAGGCAGAUCUUGCUAGCCCCAGAGUGGCGCAACAACUUUAGCAUCCGACACCUUUCGCAGGUGUACAACCUUGGAGCACCGGUGGCCGCCUUCUUCUACCACUGUCACCGGGAAAACGGCACCGGCGGCCGCCGAGGCUAAUGAUGUUAUGAUAAACGUGUUAUAAAGUGCCACCUUAAAUAAAACGUGUGCUUGUCACAAUGUUCCAUAUGUAUUCUUAAUGUAUUAAUAUAAACAUAUUAUAUAGUUUGAUUUGUCUCGAACUAAUCAGAGUUCUAUAACUAUGAGUCUAAUACUCGGAUAGUAGUGUUAUUAAUUUAAAAAAUAUUAUCAAUUUCUAUUAUCCAAAAUUUGUGUCAAUUGGUGGAAUCGUGACAUGACAUAUGGGAAGAUGACAUGCUAUUCUUCUUUAAAAAAUAAUUUGUAUAGGAGAAUAUUAAUAUUAUAUUGUUUUUAUUUUAAUGUUUUAAAACAGUUAUCCGAAAAUUAAAUGAAAAUAUUGUGAUAAAAUUAAUCAGUUGGAAAAGAAUUGAUAUCAUAAAGGUAAGUGAUAAAGUAAUAAAACUAAUAUUCCCUC